CUCUCUCUCACAGAGGGAUUCAUUGUGAUAUAUUAUAUACCUAAUUUCUGUCUUUAUGCAUGUUGUUGCUUCUCACACCCUCUUUGGGUCUUAUCUCUGCACCUGAACAGAGAGAGAGAGUCACCACGUUGGUGUUCUGACCCAAUUAGCUUCUUUCAGUACCACCCCAUUUCCAUGGGCAAACUCAGUUAGUCAAGUCAUCUCCUUUCUGCUUGUCUUCUUCUCCAUCUCCGAAUAUCACAACUUGGCCCCACUCUCAUAUUUUUCUUCUCUGUUGGGUUUCUCGAAAAUCGUGUAUAUACUUUUUUUCUUUAAUGUUGCAGGGUUCAAAUUCUUGAGUUCUGAGGUGGGUUCUGUGUAGUUUUCUUAUUUAGGGGUCAUGGCAGAUCGCUGUGUUCUCGAAGUGGAUGUAAAUGGCGAAGAGACUUUCCUUGUGGACAAGUCAUCGAUAACUACAGAAGAUUAUCUCUGCAUAUUCGGGGAAAUUUAGCAAACUGUUUGCUAAAUCUACAUGUUCUAAGAGAAAUCUGAAAGUAAUAUUCAAUGAGUUUCCAGGAGGAGUAGAGAGUUUUGAGCUCAUCUCAAGGUUCUGUUACAACAAUGGCAGAAUUGAUGUAACCCCUUCCAAUUUUUCCCUCCUGCUUUGUGCUGCAGAAUUCAUGGAGAUGACUGGUACCCAUAACUUAUUGGAAAAGACAAAGAAAUCAAUAGAAGAGAUCAGCUACUGGACUUGGCCUGAGCUUUUGAUUGCUUUGAAACAGCAGCAGCAUUUACUUUCUGUGAGUCCUAACUCUUCAGUCAUCCUUGAGAGAUGCUUGGAUUCUCUUGUUGGGAGAUUGGGUUUAUCCCUGGAAACAAGCCCUUCUGCAUCUACUUCUUCCCCAGAUAGCUCCGGCUUUCGAUUUUCCUGUGACACAAAAAGCACUGAGAGUUUGAAGAACAGCUUUUCGCGGGCAACCUGGUGGUUCGAGGAUCUUUCAGUUUUUAGUCCUAAUUUGAUUGAAAUGGUUAUAAAAUCAAUGGUUUCUCACAAAUUGGAUCAUUCUGUGAUAAAUAGAUUUCUCUUAUAUUAUCAUAAGUCAAGGAUUUACUCUUCCUCAUCAGUUGAGAAGCGCAAGAUUGUAGAAACUGUCAUUGAUAUGCUCUAUAUUCUUGAUAGAAGCUCUGUGUCAUGCAAGAGUUUAUUUGGUAUUCUCCGGGUUUCUCUUGGUCUUAACAUCUGCAAGAGUUGCAGAAACAAGUUAGAGACCAUGAUUGGUUAUCAAAUGGGUGAAGCUACACUAGACAAUCUGCUGAUUCCACCUCCAUAUGGGACCAGUUACUUGUAUGAUGUGAAUCUAGUACUUCGAUUUGUCAAGGCGUUUCUCUCCAGAGGAGGCUGUCGUCCAUCUAUUCCACGAUUGAAGAAAGUUGCAAGCUUGGUGGAUUUGUAUAUGUCAGAAGUAGCCCCAGAUCCUUGCUUGAAACCUUCUAAGUUUCUGGCUCUAGUCCUGACCUUGCCGGAUUCUGCCAGAGACUCUCAUGACGCAAUCUACAGCGCUAUGGACAUGUAUCUAGAGGUCCAUACAGGAUUGUCUGAAGAAGAGAGAGUGAAGAUUUGUUGUGCAUUGAACUAUGAGAAAUUGUCAGCUGAAACUUGCAUGCAUCUUUCUGGGAAUACGAAAUUUCCAUCAAAAACUGCAGUUCAUGCACUGAUUUCUCAGCAAUCCAAACUCAAAAGCCUACUUCGUUGCACCAAGAACUCUCAUCCUUCUACCAAUUCACCUUGCUGGUUGUCUGCGAUUACGAGUAAAGAAAAUUACAAAGACGAAGCCAGUAAACAGGUUGUGCUUUAUGCUGGGAAACUUGAUAUUACAGCUGACAAUGAAAAGCUCAGAGCACAUUUGAAAGGCAUGCAAUGGAGGGUGACAGAAUUGGAGAAAGUAUGCAGGAAAAUGCAGAAUCAGAUGGGAAAAAUUAUGAGAUCAAGAAUCUCAAGCCACACUAGUCCCAAAUCUUUACCCAGGCUUUGCUCAUGAAUUAAGUUCUAUAUACUAUCUGCUUCCCUACUAUAUAUAUAUAUAUUUCAUCUAUGUAUAUUAGGUAGCCUGAGAAAUUGGGCAUUUUUCUGUCUAUAAAGUUUUUUUUUCACUUUCUGCAGAAAUUUAAAGGGGCCUAAGAUAUAUUUUUCUUUUCUAAUAUAAGAUUGAACUAUUUGUUGUA